AUGAUAUCUAAAAGAACCGCCCCUCAGACUCCAGGUGACAACUUCACCCGCUAUCGGGCGACAAAGGCUUCUGCUCUUCGCUCCCGCAGGAUCAGAGACAGCUCCAGCCCAAGUAGUCGGCGUCUCGAGGGACGACGACCGGAGUGUCCACCAGAUCUAUCCUCCCCAAGUCCUCCAGCUUCGCCCGUCGUGAUGCUCCGCGUAGGUCCUGAGCAGCGCCUCUUCGCCGCCCAUGAAGCCAUCUUGCGCGCUUCCCCUGUCUUUGCAGAGCAAUGCCGUUCGCAGACUCCGUCGCCCCCCUCAAGAGCCCACCCAUACAUCCAGCGGCCUGGUAAACGAAUCGAGCUGCCAGACGAGCAACCGGAGGUUCUCUCCUGCGUCCUCGAGUUUCUCUACAAAGGAGACUAUUAUCCUCGUCUAAGGCAUAAUGCCCGACGCCGUGCAUGGGAAUUGGAAGAGUCGAGCGUAGACGCCGACGGGCAAAGCGUUGGCGCCACGGUGUGGCAUCAUAAGGUGCGCGAAGUGAUAUUGCGGGACACAGCUAUCUAUUGUGCUGCCCAGAAACUCGGACUCCCCACCCUUCAACGUCUCGCUUUGCGCAAACAGGGUCUCCAUACCGGCAUUCAGUGCAACACAAUCCUGUCUAGCGCGCGGUAUGCCUAUGCCAAUACUCCAGAUACCGAUUCCAAGUUGCGGGCGCACUAUCUGGCGCUUAUUAUCCGGAGCAGAGGCACGUUCAAGCGGAGUGGGACAAUGCAGAUGGAAAUGGAGAAGGGAGGGAAGCUGUUUUUUUGA